GCAGGCAGCAUCGGGAUACCAACCAAGCCUCACCUUUCUUCCAACAUCAUAGCGUGAUUCGACAUCCACAUCACCGAAAAUGAUGGCUGACCCCUUUGAGGUGCGCAUGCGCUUUACUUCGCAGCUGCAGCACUUGAAUGCCUCUGUCACUUCAUCACAGAAAGCAGCGCAUUAUGCGCUCAAAUACCGCGACAUGGACGAGGACCUCCACUCCUGCAUCCUCGAGCAACUAGAACGGAAUAACAUCAAUAACAGAGCCAACAUAAUGUAUUUCAUUGAACAAUUCUGCGACAUGGCCACGAAAGAAGACCACGCUCCAUACGUCCGCAUGAUACAGAGAGAUAUUCUACGCAUUGUCGAUUCCGUCGCACCGCCUGACGGCUCAGGAGCAGCAAACGUCAAACACGUCCGUCGGGUUCUCAAUGGUUUGCAAAGCAAGGAAAUCCUGUCCCCGGAGACAAUCGCGGAAAUCGACGCCGGGCUUAAGGACCGGGAAACCCACCCCGCACAUCUGGAUCUAGAAGCUGAAGAUGGAGCGGAGGGCGGCACGAGAUCUAAAACCGGGACCCCGAGGGGCUCUAAGGGUAACGGGAUGCGUGUGGACAAGCGGCAGAUUGAGCAGAGAAUUGAGGAGGACCGUGAACGGAACAAGCGGCUGCGAGAAAGUAUGUGGACUGUCAGUGGUGACGAUGGGGACGAACAUGGGAAGUUCUGGGAUGAGGCUAGCGAUAUUGGGGAGGACGACUUCUUGGCUGCGAAUGAGGAGCUCACGGAGCGCAAUCAGAUGGUUACUGCCAGGUGAUGCUUAUGGAUGGGAUGCUGAGUUCCAUACGGACCUCUAUCAUUUGUCUUGCAUGCAAAGAUAUACUGGAUCGCAAUGCUUUUGGGAUGGUGUUUGGGCGCGGAACGGUCCUUGGACUACGGAGCAUAUGGUAUGACUUGGCGUAUAAAAUUAUUUUUCUCCCUCAGAUAGAAUGUUCUGAGUGCUGAAAUUAUGUAUUACUUACAAUAAAUUCAAGAUAACCG